AUGCCUGACACUACUCUCCCCACAAGCACACAUCAUCCACCGGGCAAUGACCGCCCGAUACGCCGACGCAUAGCCGUUGACGGCCGCGUUCGCAGUGGCUGUCUGACGUGCAAAGCUCGCAAGAAGAAGUGUGAUGGACAAUCAUCAAGCACUGAUUCGCGAUGUAAGUCGUGUAUUCGGCUCGGCUUGGUCUGCGAGCAGCGGCCCUUGGUCAGGGUUCCUAUGCGAUGGCGAGGAAAAAAGACGCCUCGUGACGAGAGUCCCCCGAUCCUGUCAGAAGGAGACGGCUCAUUCGAUCAUGGCAGUCAGAUUACCGAGUCUGGACGUGAUCAUGGUUCAACAUCUGUUCUUCGGAUACGAUCACUGGGACAAGAGCCUCUUUCGCCGCUGUUGGGCUCGCAGGAUGACAUAGAGCGGAAACUGCUCAAGUACUUCCUUCAGAAUGUUGCACCUCUGUGCUCUCUUCUAGAACAAGGUGGCAAUAGUUGGUGUUCUGUAUUCCUGCCCAUGGCAAUUAUCGAUCCGACCCUCUUACGUGCACUUUACACUUACGCCUUGACUCACUUCGACGCAUGCUCGUCUGUCAAUGCCGUCUCGCCACAGGCUCGACUAACAUUCGAGAACGAAGUCGCUCAAGGUGUGUCAAACGCCAUCACACAGAAUAGAGUCACUGAAAGUACAGUCGCCUGUGCCCUCGUCUUUAGCACGGCGGUAGUCACCAGGGGCGACACGUCGAGUUGGCUACUUCACCUGCUUGGCGCAGGACAUCUUGUGAAUCACCUGGGCUCGCAACAACUACUCAGAACUAGUGAUGGCGCCUUUCUCCUCCGAUACUUCGCCUAUCAUGACAUCAUGGCGGCGCUGAGCACGGGUCGCCGUCCGGGAAUUGAAGGAGUCUACUGGGUUCAAGAUGCUGAAGAAACGGUUGACUCUGCCGAUACCUUUAUGGGACUCGCGCAACACUUGUUCCGACACAUCAGCGACAUCUGCGUAUUCGUCACCGACGUAGCUGACUUGGAUCCCUUGCUGGAGCCUGAGCGGGCGACACGAGAAAUCGAGAGGGCUGAAGCCAUCGCAUAUGCUCUACGAUCGCAAGACUUGCGCCUCAAGAUUGAAUCCAAGGGAAAGGACGUGGAACCUCUUGUCCAUCAUGCCGAAGCCGUUCGCUCUGCGGCACUCAUACAUCUCUACCGUCACCUCCUUCAACUAUCGGACUCACGUGCCGAGUACGAAGCAUUCAUAGAAGACGAAAUUGGAAAAAUCAUCCACCACGUUUCCUCAGUUCCAUUAAACCGAUUCUGCGAGUUGGGCUUGCUCUUCCCCCUCUUCAUGGCAGGCGUGGCCUGCGGCAACAAUACUAGCACCCAGGAGUUUGUGCAGUCCCGUCUGCAAUACAUCGAAACGUGGACGAGGUUCAGGCAUGUUACGAGGGCUCGAGAGCUUCUUGAACUGCUUUGGGGCAAUGGUCGAAUGGAUUGGCAGAAUAUGCUUCGAGAAAUAAAUUGGCAGAUAUCGCUUGCUUGA